UUAAUCAACAAGGGAAUUUGAAUUUUGCUACUUAGAUGGAUCGAAAAAAUUUAAUGUUAAAUUUGAUAAUAGCUAAGCUGUAAAAUCUAUUAAGUCCAAAUGUGGAACAAGUGUUAGUAUAGUAAAUGAUGGUCAUUUACUAUUUUUGUACACAUCAAUAAAAAGAAUGAGUUUGCAAAGUAUCAUAAUGACAAGUGCAUAUUAUAGUUCAAAAAGUAUACCAAAUAAAACCAAUGGCCCAUGAAAACUUUUAGUAAAAUUUAUAAAAUUGAACAUCAUGAAUAAAUAGAGGGUAGGAGCUGCUCUAUAAAUGUAUUUCAAGUGGAUUUAAAAAGAUGAAAUUGAACAAUUUAAUCCAAAAAUAAAAAAAUAAAAAUAAAAACAGUGGCAGACGUGACAUUGUAUUUAAUUACAGCAAUUACAUCAAACAGAGAGUAUUUAUAGCAUUGGAGAUCAAACAGGUGAAUCAUUCCAGGUCUACAAUACCAAAAUUGGAGAGAAGAAUCUUUACAGAUGUUCCCAGAUCAGCUGCACGCAAGGCCGGAAGGGGGAUGCCAACUUUAGUUUACUUCUUCAGUGUUAGCAAAACGACUUUCAGAGGACAUCUUCUUGGAGUUGCAGCGUCAUGGCUUGUCCAAGUUGGCGUUGACAUUUACCGGUAUUUCACUGAAAUUGUUAGAGCGGAAAAAACUCGAGUUCUUGGCAAGAAGGUUUCUUGUACUACUGCCAGGUGUGGUGCAGCAUUGGUUUUUGCUUCUGUUGGAGCAGGGAUUGGUUCAACCCUACUUCCUCCUUCCACUGGUCAGUGGAUUGGUAAGCACAUCGCCCCGUUGCUUAAUCAAAAAUUUCAAUGUCCGUGAAACAUCAAACUUAAAUUUGCAUUGAAAUUGUCUUCGAUAAUUUAUUGAUUUCUAAAUUUAUGCAUUUUGCAGGCUGUGUUCUUGGAGAUUUCGCC